AUGCUCUAUAGACUCGGUGACAUGAGCAACGGCUCAAAAAUCCCUUGGGAUUUACUUCGGCAAGAGGUGAAAGAAGUCGUUAUUGAGUUUACGAAUGGCGGGCCUGAUAUACCUCAUGCAGAGCUCAGGUUAAUUCUUGCCCAAGGAGUUGAGCUAACCGAAGACGAUGGAACUAAGAUGGUAUAUGCCUGUAGCAUGGGCUCGAAUUCCCACCUAGUGCCCCGCCCACAUCUCGGAAUCUACUCUACAUGCACUUUGCGUACUGAGGAGGCAAGUUAUGGCAAUAUGCACAGUCUCGCGUCUUUUAUCUUCCCACGUCACAAAAGGGCUAGAGUUGGUAUAUAUCUUGCUGCACUGAGUGGGAAGUAUAGAAAAUACCCUUGUCAUUCCACAAACCUAUUGCAGUUCGAUUCUCUUGUGCGAAUGCCAAACCUGGGAGACAAAUUGGACUAUGAGUCCCGUGAUGUUGUAGCCCAAUGGGCGAUUAGGCUUUAUAAGACGGGCUUCGUGGGCUUGACGGCUAAGUGUGUGAAGUCGCACGGCAGACUUGUUAUGCCGGAAAAUCUGUCGCUAAGAAUUCAUGAGUUCAUCGCCAAAGGUUACGAUGAACUUGAAGACGGAACUAUCCGAAUGACUCAGGAUAUCCCCAUGUACAGGGGGGAAUUUCUUGACCAAGAUUUUGAUCGAUUCUAUAAAUUCCGUUCCCCAUCUUGGGUCCUGCCGUAUCAACAAAUGCUCAUUGCUGAAGAAUGA